UCAGAAAAAUGCUCGGAAUGAUGAAUUCUCCCAAUGACGCGGUUGAGUUCUACGCUACCAACCAGAACUUACAAACGACUAUGUGCGAAGAAGAUCUGAAAGCUUUCACAGAAGCUAAGAAAAGACCAAAGAUCACCUACACGAAAGACGGUCGUCGCAUGAUUGAUGGAAAGAUCGAAGACGCCGAAUCAAGCACACCGCUGAACAUGUGGGGAAAUGCGCUGAUGAAUGGAGUAGUCAAAUCCGCUCUCAAAAUGCAAAAAGAGGACGAAGAAGGUACCGAGACUGAAGGAGAUAAGGAAGAGACUGCUGAAAAGAAAUCAGAAGCAAAAGAAGUAGCACCAAACGAUCCUCAAAUCAAGAUCUCUGAGGAGCUACUACUGACAACGUGCCCAGGAUCGAAAGAAUCGCAGCCGGAGCAGACAGAGUCAAGCCACUAACCAGCUCGCUAUAGUAUGCUUUAGGAUACUCCCCCUGGAAUCUCACUGUUAAAAUUUUGGUGUAUAUACAAAUCAUGUGAUAUCGAGACGAUCCAGACAAUGAUUAGUGCUAUGCGAGAAGGUCAAUCGGCGAUUUAUUCGUCGGCACCCAUGUUGACGAUGGAUUUAAAUCUAUCAAAAUAUCUGUAAUAGGC